AUGAGAGAGUUUUCGGAAUGGAUAGUUGAGCUAGGCUUGAUUGAUAUUCCCUUACAUAGAGUAAAGUUCACUUGGAGGAUAAAUGACUCGAAAAGUAAAUUAGAUAGAGCCCUGUGUUGUCAAGAUUUGUUAAGGAAUUUCCCGAAUUUAAUUUUGGUGGGCCUUAAAAGAAGCUUCUCUGACCACAAUCCGCUGCUAUUGACAUUGGAAGCUUGCAACAACUGGGUUCCCAAACCGUUCAGAUGCUAUGAUGCUUGGUUCUUGAAUUCAGAGUUUAAAAGCUUCCUCAACAAUGAAUGGCGAAACCUCCCAAAUGAAUCCCUGCACAACAAGUUGAAAAUCCUUAAGGGCCCAGGCCCCCUGAAAACAUGGCGAACAGAAAACUUUGAUAUCAUGGAUAAUAAAAUCUCGGAGCUGGAAUCUGCUGUACACGAUCUCAAAAAUUUGAGUGAUAACAGGGAUCUAAACAACAUGGAGAGGGCCAAAUUGUUUGCCGCCAAUAGCGUUCUUAACCUGUGGCUCAUAAGAAGAGAAAGGAUGUGGAGACAAAAAGCCAGAACAUAUGGUUUCAACAUGAAAGAUCGCAACACAAGAUUUUUCCAUGCGUCCACAAUAUUUCGAAGAAAAAAGAAUGAGACUAUACAGACUAAACAAUGGCAGAAACGAAACCACUCAAAAAUCACGGAUGCACAAGUAGAAUUCUUGGAAACAACCCCUUUGAGAGAGAAAGUUAAAAAUGCAGUAUGGGCAUGUGGCAUUGAUAAAGCCCCGGGGUUUGAUGGGUACAAUUCCAAAUUUAUCAAGGAAAUGUGGGAUGUCCUUAAGGAUGAAAUCUACGAUUUUGUCCUCGAUUUCUUUGUGACCGGUUGCUCGUUGCGGCACCUAAAUGUUACCUGGGUUACCUUGAUCCCAAAGGUUGUUAACCCUAUAUUCAUCGACGAUUACAGGCCUAUCAGUAUGGUGGGUGCUCUCUAUAAGAUUAUCUCUAAAAUCCUUUCCCUCUGCCUCAAAGAGUUAGGAUUUGGUCGGAAAUGGAUAAGGUGGAUUAUGAACUGUGUUAGCUCUGCCUCUAUGUCUAUCAUUCUAAAUGGCUCACCCCUGAAACCAUUCAAGAUGGAAAAGGGCUUGAGACAAGGGGAUCCUCUGUCACCGUACCUUUUUAUCCAUCAGUGA